AUGCGCAAACCAACGUUUGAGGCUGCCUACAGCGGAUAUGAUCAGGACAUGCUUUUGUCCAUUCACAACCCUAAGGAGGUCAGGGGACAGUUUGGCGGUUUUGAGGUCUUCAUGGAAAGUGGCGAUUCCGGCGCACAAGUCUCCUGGCGUUCGGUGGCCAAUCUAACUGCCACCGAACGCCAAUAUACCAUCCGCGACCUUAAACCUUUAACAACCUAUCUGGUCACCGUUCGAGGGCUCGAAUUGUCCUAUGGAUUCAGUGUGUUGGCAGAUCCCGUGAAUGUUACGGCAUUUGAUCCAGUUCAACACAAUGCUUGCCCAUUUCCAAUCCAUUGCCAAACACACUGA